AAUUUACCCAUUGCACCUUCAAUUACGUUUCAUUGCUCAUUCGAUUUCACAGACAACACACCCUUGACUCCAUUUUCUCCCUCUCUUCUUCCGGCGUGACCCCUCUGCCUCUCCCUCCCUCUCUUCGCCCCCCUCCCUAUCGCCUUUGGGGUCCGCCCAACCGCAAAAACCCUCAUCUAAAAAACCCCCAAUUUCCCUCAAUUUUCCCGGAUUCCCCUCCGAUUUCGCAUUCCCCAACCUAACAUUACCCCAAUUGCUUCAUCAAUGGCCGCGCCGGAGCUAGCUCAAACCGAGCCAGAGGGAAUCGAGGGAGUCCGGAUGACGUGGCUGAAUUGGCCGCGAUCGAAGGUGGAGGCGUCCAAGUGCGUGAUCCCAAUCGCAGCCUCAAUCCAGCCGAUCCGCCCCCACGUGGAUCUGCAGAUCCUCCCCUACGCGCCGCUCCGAUGCAAGACGUGCUCCGCCGUGCUAAACCCCUUCUGCCGAGUUGAUUUCAAUGCCCUCAUAUGGAUCUGCCCAUUCUGCUUUCAGAGGAACCAGUUCCCGCAUUAUUAUUCAUCGAUAUCGGAGACGAAUGUGCCUGCUGAAUUGUACCCCAAUUUUCCGUCAGUUGAGUAUUCGAUCCAGAAUCCGCAAGAUUUCAACCCGGCUGCAGCGCCUUCUCCGAUUUUUUUGUUUGUGCUGGAUACGUGCAUGAUCGAGGAGGAGUUGGAGUUUGCCAAAUCUGCGCUGAAGCGGGCGAUUGGGAUGCUGCCGGAAAAUGCUAUGGUUGGGUUUGUAUCGUAUGGCACGCAGGUGCAGGUGCACGAAUUGGGGUUCUCGGAAAUGUCAAAGGUUUAUGUGUUUAGGGGAUCGAAGGACAUCACAAAAGAUCAGGUCUUGGAGCAAUUAGGCCUUGCUGUGCCGGGCAAUAGGCGGCCUGGUCCGGGCAUGCAGAAGAGUGGCGGUGGCCCGAGCCCUGUGGCUGGAGCUGGGCCAAACACGGGUAUCAACAGAUUUUUGUUACCCGCAUCCGAAUGCGACUACACACUUGAUUCAUUGUUGGACGAGUUAGUGACCGAUCAGUGGCCAAUUGCCCCAGGCAAUAGGGCAUUGCGGUGUACGGGAGUUGCAUUGAGUGUUGCCACUGGACUUCUAGGGGCAUCAACAUCAGGGGCAGGUGCAAGGAUUAUUUUAUUGGUCGGAGGUCCAUGCACAGAAGGUCCUGGAUCGAUUGUCUCAAAAGAUCUGUCUGAUCCAGUCCGUUCACAUAAAGAUCUUGACAAGGACGCAGCACCCUUCUUUAAGAAAGCAGUCCAUUUCUACGAUGAACUUGGGAAACAGUUAGUUAGUCAAGGACAUGUGUUGGAUGUCUUUGCCUCUGCUCUCGAUCAGGUUGGGAUUGCUGAAAUGAAGAUUGCCAUUGAAAAAACUGGUGGACUUGUCGUUUUGGCUGAAAGUUUUGGCCACUCUGUCUUCAAGGAUUCGUUCAAGCGCAUAUUUGAAGUUGGAGAGCAGUCAUUGGGGCUUGCAUUCAAUGGUACGCUGGAGAUCAACUGCUCAAAGGAUAUCAAAGUCCAAGGGAUCAUUGGUCCAUGUACCUCACUUGAGAAGAAAGGGCCUGCUGUGGCUAACACAGUUAUAGGACAGGGAAAUACUACAGCUUGGAAGAUGUGUGGCCUUGACAGAAGUACAUGCCUGACGGUUUUCUUUGACAUUUCAUCCAGUGAAAAGUCUGAUCCUGCAGGGUCAAGUCAAUUAUACGUACAGUUCCUUACUAGUUAUCAAAGCUCUGAUGGCCAGAUGCGGCUGAGGGUCACAACUGUUGCACGGAGUUGGGUGGCAGGCAGUGAGGAUUUAGUUCAAGGAUUUGAUCAAGAGGUUGCUGCUGUAGUAAUGGCCAGACUAGCUUCUUAUAAAAUGGAAAUGGAGGAAGGUUUUGAUGCGACAAGAUGGUUAGAUAGGAAUUUGAUACGCUUGUGUUCCAAAUUUGGGGAAUAUCACAAAGAUGAUCCUGCCUCGUUCACCUUAAACCCCUGUUUUUCGUUGUUUCCUCAGUUCAUGUUCAAUCUGCGACGGUCACAAUUUGUACAGGUGUUUAACAAUAGUCCGGAUGAGACUGCCUAUUUCCGUAUUUUGUUGAACCGAGAGAGUAUUAGCAAUGCUGUAGUCAUGAUUCAACCAUCACUGAUAUCAUAUGCAUUUAAUUCACUUCCUGCACCAGCUUUGCUUGAUGUACUAUCCAUUGCACCAGAUCGUAUUCUCCUGCUGGACUCUUAUUUUAGUGUCGUUAUAUUUCACGGAAUGAGUAUAGCUCAGUGGAGGAAUAUGGGCUGCCAGAACCAGCCAGAACAUGAGGCCUUUGCUAUGUUGUUACAAGCUCCACAAGAGGAUGCCCAAUUGAUAAUUCGUGACCGUUUUCCUGUACCAAGGCUUGUGGUGUGUGAUCAGCAUGGUUCCCAGGCAAGGUUUUUGCUGGCAAAGUUGAAUCCUUCAGCCACCUACAAUACUGCACAAGAAACGAUGCAGACCGGUUCAGAUGUCAUCUUCACCGAUGAUGUAAGUCUACAAGUAUUCAUCGAUCACCUUCAGAGGCUUGCAGUUCAAGGUUCUUAACAAGGUAAUGAGAGUCGAUUCACCUGCUCGAUGGUUUCUUGGAUUCUAUGGAAAAAGUUCUGGAGUGAAUUAUGCCUCGUCUAGUUCCUGUAUGAAACUAUGCCUUAUUGUCGUCCAAUUGCGAGGAUGAGGUUAUAGACCCUCACUGUUUGAACAAUGAGUAGUUGCUGGGCUUGAGAGGUCUUUUGCUUAAUUGGAUUCCGAGGUGCUCGCCGAAUUUUGUAACUUAAAUAGUUAUUGGACAGACCUAAGGGUAUAGUUGUAAGUUAAAAGGUGACAUUUUUUGUGUUUUGACAUAUAUUGGUAAUUUUCCACCUUAUAUUCCUUUGUGAUUGAAAUUUUUGUAUUGAAUUUGAGGAUGUGAAUUGUGAUGGAGGCUAGACAGCUUUUUGUUA